UUGAGUAUCUGGUCAAUAUAAUGGCUACUCUGUAAUAUAAAUAACGGUACAGGGAAAUAAGCGAGCACGGGGCAGUGCAAUCAGCCGUGUAGCCAACCUUCAAUCAUACAUUGUGUUUAAACUAGCUGAUACAGUUGUUGCAAAUAAUCUAUGGUGUUCUAGUAUCGAUAGGACAAUCGUCAACACGAGCAUGGCAACUCCUCUACCCCCUUGCGUGAUAGAUUGUGGGACAGGAUACACCAAGAUUGGAUAUGCUGGAAACACAGAGCCACAGUUUAUCAUGCCAUCCUGCAUUGCUAUACGGGAGUCAGCCGGUGUAGGAGACCAGGCACAGAGGCGACUUGUGAAGGGAGUGGAUGACUUGGAUUUCUUUAUAGGAGAUGAAGGCAUUGAUAAGCCCAACUAUGCAACCAAGUGGCCCAUCAGACAUGGGAUGGUGGAAGACUGGGAUUUGAUGGAAAAGUUCAUGGAGCAGAUCAUCUUUAAGUAUCUGCGGGCAGAGCCUGAAGACCAUAGCUUCCUUAUGACAGAGCCUCCGUUGAACACGCCAGAGAACAGAGAGUAUCUGGCUGAGAUCAUGUUUGAGACCUUUAAUGUCCCAGGCCUGUACAUCGCAGUGCAGGCAGUUCUUGCCCUGGCAGCAUCAUGGACAUCUAGACAAGUAGGCGAGCGAACACUGACAGGAAUCGUGAUUGACAGCGGAGAUGGAGUCACCCAUGCCAUACCUGUGGCUGAAGGCUACGUCAUUGGGAGCUGUAUAAAACACAUCCCCAUAGCAGGUCGAGACAUCACCUUGUUUAUUCAGCAGCUCCUCAGAGAGAGGGAGGUGGGCAUCCCCCCGGAACAGUCCAUGGAGACAGCCAAGGCAGUCAAGGAGAGGUACUGCUACAUCUGUCCAGACAUUGUGAAGGAAUUUGCCAAAUAUGACACGGACCCUGGGAAAUGGAUCAAGAAGUACAAAGGCAUCAAUGCCAUCAGCAAAUCUGAAUUCCACAUAGACGUUGGAUAUGAACGCUUUUUAGGUCCAGAAAUAUUCUUUCAUCCAGAGUUUGCCAACCCAGACUUCAUGCAGCCAAUCUCAGAUAUAGUUGACGAGGUUAUAAUGAACUGUCCAAUAGAUGUCAGAAGACCUCUAUAUAAGAAUAUUGUCCUGUCUGGCGGUUCCACCAUGUUCAGAGACUUUGGCCGGCGGCUGCAGAGAGACCUGAAGCGGUCGGUAGACGCCCGGCUCAAAUUGAGUGAGGAGCUCAGUGGAGGAAGGAUAAAGCCCAAGCCCAUGGAGGUCCUGGUUGUUACACACCACAUGCAGCGCUAUGCCGUGUGGUUUGGAGGAUCCAUGCUUGCCUCUACGGUAAAGACCACACACAGUGCACAUGUACACAUUCACACACAGAGCACGCACCCACGCAUACACACAGAUACACACUACAUUUUCUACAUGGUCAUACUGUGAAGGUUAACAAGUUCUGUUAUUAUUAUUAUUAUCAUUCACUAUCACAAAUGUCUACUGUAUUAAUGUGUAUAUAUAAUCAAUAUAUAAACAGUACUCAGCCUACAGAUGUAGGCUCUUCAUUUGAUUACUCUUUUGUUGCUGAACAUUUUCCUGCACAAUAGUGUAUUCUAGGUUUAAAAAGGCUUCUAAAGUUUAUUAUUUCCACUUUAAAAUGUCUGACUUUGCCCUAACGAAAAAUGGAUAAACUCCUACAAAAAAUGUCCAUUAAUGUUACGUGCCUCCAAUAAGGAGGGAGGUGCAGGAAUCAGGAGCAGGAGAGCAAGGAAGUCCUAGUGGCACAAUCGUUUAAUAAGUAGUCCCAACUCAACAACAACAUGGGGGGGAACACGCCAAAACGAGGUCGCCACACACAGGGAAAUAAACGGAGAAACCUCUACUCCUAACCACCUUCAUAAAUGGUACAACUGCUGUGAGAAAAGAAAACCCCGUGGUGCAGACACGCACCCCUAACAACGUAACCACAGCAAAACAAUCCCGCACAAAGACUAGCAGGCAGCGGAGGUUAAUAAACCCACCGAAAUCAACUAAUAGGACACAGGUGUAAACAAAACAGACAGACACAAACGAAAAGGAAAAAUGGAUCGGUGGCAGCUAGUAGGCCGGCGCCGACGACCGCCGAGCACCGCCCGAACAGGAAGAGGAGCUACCUUCGGUGGAAGUCGUGACAAUUAAUUAAAUCUACAUAAUAAUGCAAAUGUCCUGUUGCUGCAGGAUUAUUUUCCUGCUAUAGCAAACUGGCUCAAAUUAAGAUUGUACAUCUGUAAUAAUGCUGUGUCUGGUGUUAUCCAAACCUUUUCAUCUGCCUAAAGUACUGAGAUAAAUCCCCUGUUGCUCCUUGCUUUUGUAUUCCGUUUCUUUCCUUCACAGCCUGAGUUUCUCCAGGUUUGUCACUCAAAAAAGGACUACGAUGAGUUUGGCCCCAGCAUCUGCCGCCAUAACCCAGUCUUUGGUACCAUGUCCUAAUGCUAAAACCCACACCUACAGAACCUGCUGUUGACCCCGGCCUGGGGUCAGUCCAUGCAUCGUGAUUGAUGUCCUUACUUUACCACCAUAGCACUCUAACCUACCACACAAGAGCCCCUUAGACGUUGAUGUGCAAUUGAAUUUCUCAACUACAGUAUAUUGUACAAUCAGUAUAGGCUAAUUAGAAUUAAUGUGAAGGAUAAAAGUCAUUGAAUUAGACAAAGACAUCUUAUAGCACACAUACAGUGAAUUUUCAAUAUUGUCAUUGUAGCAACAUUGCAGACUAUUUAAUAGAGUUAAACAAGAAAAAAAUCUAAACUGGAACACUUUGGUUGAAGCCAUGAACUGAAGACUGUUUUCUUGCACCUACUCUCUUAGUUUCGCUGUACACUCUUAAGAUUAACUUUAGAUCCCAUCCCAGGCUGCAUGAAUCAUGUGGGGAGGCAACCCACGCUACUUCUGGAGCAGCCCAAGUUACGUUUGUCCAAUAUCCAUAGAAUGUCAUGCUUUGAAAUUGUAUAUAGAAUAUAUAGCUAAAGAUACUAUAUAUUACAAUAUAACAUAUUUAAAAAUGUGUUUAUAUUUCUAUUAAUGAUUAUCAGAACAGAUAUAUAAAGAUGUAGAUCGUAUGCUGUUCUUCAUUGACGUGAAAUAGUGUAACGUGAAAGAAGAGAUAUUUCCUUUAUUAGGUCCAAAAGUAUUUAUUAAUAUAUUUUUGUCAGCCACAAAUUAUCUAUGGUAUAUAAUGAUAUUGAAGUAUUUAUUUAUACAUUUCUGUGUAUCUAGAAGUUAUUUCCGUAGGGAACUGUGCCCACUAAAAAUAAAACUGCUGUAUGAUGUGAAUAAAGGUACUUGGCACCUUCA